CAACAUUUUCAACAAAAUUUCAAAAUUGGACAAGUGGAAAUCAUGACAUUGAUGAAUUUAUUCAAAAAGCACAAUUAAACGCUAAAAACAAUCGGUCAGUUAUAGAAUGGAUUGAAUAUGAUAAUUUUGAAGAUAUUGAAUAUUUAGCAAAAGGGGGAUUUGGAACUACUUUUAAAGCAGUUUGGAAAGAUGGUCCUAAGUUGCUUUAAAGUGCUUACAUGACUCACAAGGUAUUACAGCAGAUUUUUUAAAAGAAGUUGAAUCAAAUAUUUUAGUAUAUAGUACAUAUAGUACUGGUAAGGUAGUUCGUUGUUUUGGUAUUACCAAAGAUCCAAAAACAAAUAAUUUUAUGAUGGUGAUGGAAUUAAAAGAUAGUAGUUUAAGACAAUAUUUAAAUAACAAUUUCAUUUCAAUGAAUUGGGAGGAAAAGUUGUAUCGCUUAUUUUGUAUUGCAUCUGGUCUUAAAGAUAUUCAUAAUCAAGGAUUAAUUCAUCAUGAUUUUCAUUGUGGGAAUAUAUUAAGCACUUUUCAUAAUGCUUGUAUUACUGAUUUGGGAUUAUGUCAACCAGCGAAUGCUAAAUCCUCUCAAAAUAAUAAUAAAAAAAUAUAUGGAGUGUUACCUUAUGUAGCUCCAGAAGUUUUAAAAGGAAAAGAAUACACUCAAGCAAGUGAUAUUUAUGGAUACGGAAUUAUUGCAUAUGAAAUUUGUACAGGUUUCCCUCCUUAUUAUGAUAUAGCUCAUGAUGAAUUCUUAGCUAUGAAAAUUUGUAAUGGGUUGAGACCAAAAUGUGAUUAUAAAAUCCCUCAACUAAUUGUUGACAUAAUUAAUCAAUGUUGGGAUGCAGACCCUUUGAAACGACCUAAUGCAGA